UGGUGUUUGUGUUUCUGGUCUCAGGUUGAGAAGAACGAAGAGGCUGAUCAGGAGAUCAAGCAGGAUGGACCCAAACCGGAGGAAAACGGCCACAAGGCCGCCACCAAGAUCCAGGCCAGCUUCCGUGGACACAUCACCCGGAAAAAGAUGAAGGACGAGGAGAACGACGCCGCUCCGGACGAGUCCGCAGAGGAGAAGGAGGAGCGAGUCUCUCCAUCGGAGGAGAAACCUGCCGAGGUUUCCAUGGAAACAGCAGAGGAGAGCAAACCGGCCGAGCAGCCCAACUCACCUGCCGCAGAAGCCCCGCCCACCACUGCCACUGACUCCGCCCCCUCAGACACGCCCACUAAAGAGGAGGCGCAGGAGCAGCUACAGGAGGCGGAGAACCCCACUGACGACAUAAAUGCACAGGAGGAGGAGGAAGCCAAACGAGCCGAUGUGCCUGCCGCCGCCGAGAGCCAGGAAACAGACCAAAUAGACAAAAAAGAGGCUGUCGACGACUCCAAACCAGCAGAGGACGCCGGCAAAGAGGAGCACGUUUAACAUCGACCAGUGAAAUGUGCAAGCAUAAGUAACCGACAGACUGCUCUCGAUGAAGAAGACGGUCUGUCUUUAUGUUUGUCCUCUCUGUUCUGCUGUGUGGAGGGAGUUUUCCAGCGCGGCUCGAUCUCUGCAUCCAUCCGUCUGGAGCUCAUCGCAUGAGAACCCUUCCUCCAGAGACGAGAACCCAGCUAAUACAUGUGGCUUCUUUUACUGUCCUUGGUGUCGUUAUGAGCGUUUCAUUGGAGAUAUUGCUGCACUGAUGUUAAAAAUCGAGAAAAUCCAACAAAAAGAAAAAGCGCCAGGCUUUCUGUUCAAGUGCGUUUGAAUCUGAGUAAAAUCGUGGAAAAUGGUUUCGUCUGUUUUCAAAAUAAAGAAAUGUGCCAAUUAUGUUCAGGACGUGCGUCGUUCUUUCAGCCUGCUCUCGUGAAGAGCUGCUCUGAUGAGUAAUUACUCACGUGCAGGAUCACCAGAUCAACAUGCAUCACAACCUGUGAGAGCGGAAUGAUCUGUUAAAGGUUAGGAGUCAAAGAUCAUCCAGUUU